AUGGCAGGGGAGGAGCGUGCAUUAGCCGUCUUCUUACGAGCACUGCAAGAUCUCACACUUAAAGACUUUGAGGAGUUUAAGAUGAAGUUAUCGGAGGUUCGUGUGGAAGGAGAAUGGAACAUCCCCAAGGAUUUGCUGGCGAAGCUCACCCACCCUUGCGCGCUUGUCAGCUGCAUGGGCAAGAACUACAGCGAAGAUGCCGUGAUGGACAUAGCGAUUGGGUUGUUCGAAGAGAUGAACCAGAGAGACCUUGCCGAGAAACUCCUGGAUGAGAAGGUGAAAGAGUACAAGCAGAAAUACAAAGAGUACGUGGUCCGGCAGUUCCUCCGGUACAAAGAACUGAACUCCUGUCUCGGGGAGAACCUGUCCACCAGCAGCCGCUACACCAACCUGACCAUCGCCAGGAAGCCUCAGAGCAAGCACGGAGGUGAGCACGAAGCUGUGAGCACCAGCUGUGGAUGUGCCAACGCCAGCAACAGACCAGCCACUGUCACCGUCACUGCACAGACGCUGUUUAAACCCGAUGAAGAUGGGCAAACGCCACGGGUUGUGGUGCUGGUGGGGGCCCCAGGGAUGGGGAAGACGAUGACAGUCAGGAAGAUGAUGGUGGAGUGGGUGGAAGGGACACUCUACACGCAGUUUGAGUAUGUUUUCUGCAUUGGCUAUGAAGACAUUGCCUUUACCAAGGAAGCGAGCGUGGCAGACCUCAUUUCAAAGUGCUGCCCUCAUAGGCAAACGCCAGCUGCGAAGAUCCUGGAUGACCCAAAGAAAAUCCUGUUCAUUUUUGAUGGCUUUGAGGCCCUGGGAUUUUCCUGGGUUCAGCCCAAAGAUGAACUGAGCUCUGACCCCAGGGAAGUGAAACCGCUGGAAACCACCCUGAUGAGCUUGUUGAAGAAGACUGUCCUCACCGAGUCCUCCUUGCUCAUCACCACGAGGCCGACAGCUCUUCAAAGCCUGGGGCGGUGCCUGGAGGGUGAAUAUUAUGCAGAAAUACUGGGAUUUUCAGCAGCCAUGCGGGAGCAGUAUUUCCACAGGUAUUUCGACGACGACAGUAAAGCCGACAUGGCCUUCAGGUUUGCCAAAGGCAACGAGAUCCUCUACAGCUUGUGCAGCAUCCCUGUCAUGAGCUGGACCGUCUGCACCAUCCUUAAACAAGAGCUUCACAAGAAGAAAAACCUUGUUGAGUGCUCCAAAGCCACCACGCUGAUGAGCAUGUUUUACCUCUCCUGGUUAAUGAUGUGCAGAGGCAGGGACAACCCAAAGGACCUCCAGCCAUUCCUGCGCAAACUCUGCUCCUUGGCUGCCGAUGGCAUCUGGAAGCACAAGGUCCAAUUUGAGGAGAAGGAAAUCAAGGACCGUGGCUUGGACCAGCCAGAACUUCUCCCCCUCUUCCUCAAUGAGAAGAUCUCAAAGAAAUGUGUAAGCCAUGGGAACAUCUACAGCUUUACCCACCUGCACCUCCAGGAGUUUUUCGCAGCGAUGUUCUACGUUCUGGAGGACGAUGAGGAAGUGGAUGGUGACUCAAGGGCUCUGGUGAAGGACAUAAAUACAUUAUUAGAAAGCUAUAGUAAGUCCAGGAAUGAUUUGAACUUAACACUGCGGUUCCUGUUUGGUCUGGUAAGCCAAAAAUCAAUCGAGUAUGCAGAUGAAAUCAUCGGGUGCAGAAUUUCACCACGAGCCAGGGAAGAUCUGCUGAGGUGGCUUCAGGGGAGACACAGAGGCGUCUCCCAUCCCAGACAAGCACUGAAGGUUUCAGAAUUGGACACUUUCCACUUUCUGUUCGAGAUGAACGACAAAAGCUUCGUGCAAAGCGCGUUGGAUCGUUUCACCGACUUAGAGUUGCAGGACAUCAAGUUGACCCCGUAUGACCAAAUGGCUCUUUCCUUCUGCAUCAGGCAAUGGGCUGGGCUGGGCUGCGUCACCCUCUGUGGAUGCUCCUUCAACCAGCACCAUCCCAGGCAGGAGGUGGUGCCUUGUUCCGAUGCUUCAGAAGCUGGAGGAUGUCCCGGUCCCCUUGGGCUGGAGGAGCCGCAUUCUCCCAUCCAUCCACUCUGCAGGGCCCUGCAGCACCCAGGCAGUGACCUGCGGGUGCUCCGGCUGCGGUGGUGCGGGCUGUCGGAGAGUGACUGCGUGGAGCUGGGGAUGCUGUUGGCCUCGCACCCCAGCCUGACCACGCUGGAGCUGGGUGAUGGGACCUUGGGGUCUUCCCAGCGGGUGCCUUGCAGGCUGUGGUACUCCCGCCUCACCAGCGCCUGCUGCAAGGACCUCGCUGCUGUGCUGGGCGCCAGCCCGUGCCUGGAGGAGCUGGAUUUGUCCUUCAGCGAGGGGCUGCGUGACGCCGGCGUGCAGCUGCUGUGCGAGGGGCUCCAGCGCCGCUCCUGCCAGCUGCAGACCCUGAGGUAAGGGGCUGGGGGGCGGACAGGGGCCUGCUGCCAAGCCCUGGCCGCUCAGCUGGUGGAGAGCCCCCACCUCACCUGCCUGGACUUGAGCGACAACGAACUGGGAACCAGCGGCAUCCUGCAGCUCUGCCAGCAGCUCCGACAUCCUUCCUGCUCGCUGCGGACCCUGGGACUGAGCACGUCUGGGUUAAACGAGGAAGUGCUGCAGGAGCUGGCUGCCCUGCAGGCACUGAAGCCAGACCUGAAGAUCGGGUACCUCCUGGAAGAUGUGCUACAGGCAGGGGCCAUGGCCCGGCUGCCCUUCCACCGUGGGGUCCUGCCAGGGGGCAGGAAAGGGCUCCCCUCCUUUAGGAGAGGUCCUUGCAACAACCGGAGCCAUUUCUAG